AUGGGCCUGCGUGGCGACACGACUGCGGAUUCCAGGGCAACUACUCGAGCAACGAUCAAUGUUAUAGUUGCGGUCGUGACCGUCGUGGCGCUCCUGAUCCCAAUUUCGUUCCACGACAACGGCCAUCAUCUAAGCGUGCUGUUUCCAGGCCUCGAGCUGACGGAAGCGGCGCCAGAACCAAGCAGGGCAGCGACGGCAACGAUGGACUUCCGAGCACGGAAGGCUCUUGGGGCACUGCGCAAGCUGGGCCUUGGUGAUACUGCCCCCGUUGUUUUACAAGUCAAACGUGAUUUACAAGCUGCCGAGGAGCGAGAGCAGCAGCACCGUACUCCUGACGAUAUGUUGCAGCGAUCCCUCGACAGACACACGGCUAAAUCUAAAGAGGUGGAUGGUCUUAAACAGUCAGUGUCAGAUCUUGAGGCCAAGCUACCGGAGACCAAGGCCGCUUACGACCAGGCCUCCACAGAGUUGCAGCAUAUUCAGACGGAGGUCAACAUGGCCAGAACCGCGGUCUUGGCAUCUACAGCACCGUCCGUAUCCUCGGCUCCCAACCUGGCAGGUGCUGUUCAGCGGCUACAGGUGGUUGUGGACGGUGCGCCUCAGGCCAUUCUGGCAGGGAGCCCUCAGGUGUUGCUGCAGACUCUCACCGAUCAGCUGGCCCAGCUGCAGACACUACUCACGGACCAGGAGGAAUCGCACCCGCAACACCAGUUGUUGCACCUGCGGCGCCAGUCCAGCCAGAUCAGCCUGCCCAGCCAAUACAUGUUCCAGGACGCGCCGCACCAGGCGCACCCGCCCCAGGCACCCCCGCUGACCAUCCAUGGACGGCCCUCCUCCAUCAGCAGGAGGCCGCUGAUGAUGAGGAAAUGGAAGGCAGCUAGCAGCUUCUUUUUCAUCUUCAUUUCUUGGAGGAAGGUGCUGCUGGGGCUCUCGCUGCGGCGUUGCAGGAAGUUCGCGCUCCACGGGGUGGUACCUCUGCCUCAGCACGCGACGGUGUGGCAGCCGUUGCUGGAGCUGAUCGGCGGUCAGGGUCGGCUUCGACGGCUCGCGGCCACGCUCGACACUGGUUUGUUGGGCGAGGUCGUCUACUACGUCACCUGUUCUUUCGCGCAGCCGACGCAGUAUCACGCUGUCUUCCUGCGCGCUCUUGCUGGCCUUCUCGCGCAACGCGCUGCAGCUGAGGAGCGUCGCCUCGGCCAGGUGAAAGCUAAGAUGGCUGAAAUAUACAAGCACGCGCGUUACGCCCUGAAGGGCGUGGUGGACCUCCUCGGCUCGGUCGACCUCGCCCCUGCCAAGCGCAAAAUGAUUGUGACUUGUGGUCUGCUGCUGCCGCUCGAGCUGCUGCUCCGACUGAUCGAGCGCGCCCGCCGCCCCUGCGAGCUGGAAGCGCAGAACGCGGCGAAGGAGUGGGAGCGCAAGAGGAACCAGGCCAGGAUCCGCGCGGAGAUUUUCGAAAAGGCCAAGGUCACCAUCGCGGAGGACUUGUCCGAUGUGGUGCGCGACAUGUCCGACUCGCUGAAGGGCGGCAAGCUUGGGCCGGCCUCAAAGAACGCGAAUGUGGAGUUCGAGGUCUCCGCCGCGGACUACGCGCUCCGGAGCUCCGAGCUCAGGGAGACGUUCGUGCAGGAGUCCCCGAACAUGGACAGGGACCCCGCCAGGCUACUGGGCAAGUUCCUCAACGACACGAUCGCCCUUAACAUGGAGCACGACGAGCGCUCCCUGGAGCUGUUCACGGACCUGCUGAGCAAGAUGCCCACCAAUGCCGCCAAAGUCAGCCAGCCGCUUGUGGCCCUGCUGUGGCCCCCGCCGCUUCACCACCCGCCCCUGAACAGCAGCGCCUUCCGCCUGGCGGAGGGCAGCGGCGUGUGCGGGCAGGUGGCGAAUUUCCACGAGGCGGUCGCUGGCUUCCGCGCCAACCUCACCAAGGUGGCAACGAUGCUGAACACCACGGCGGUCCUCCUGCCGAGGCUGCCAAACGCCGUCCCGGGCGCCUCCGAGGAGGUCACGAGUUUCCUCGACAACAUGCUGCGCCUCAGCUACAUUGAGACCAUCGCCCGCGACAGGGAGGCGUCGAAGCUGAGCCGGGCGAUCAGCCCGGCCGUCAUGGAGCGCCUGUUCUGCUCCGCCGCCGCCCCGCUGCGCCUCGCGGGGCUGGCCGCGGCGUCGGUCGCUGCGGCCUGGCUGUCUUCUGUGUGAGGAGGCCCGCUGGAGGCCGCUCCCGCGGCGAGCGGGCGCGGCACUGGCCGCUCGGCGCGGGCGCCGUGGCCGGCGCGCGCGGGAGCGGCGCGCGCGGAGCGCUCGCCGUUCGAGGCACAG